UAUCGAAAUUAAUCGAUAUGCCUGAGUGGUACAAAAAUAUCUUGUCGCCCAUCACUAGAAUUGUGGUUUAUAAAAAAAUUACGGCUCGGUUUGGGUUUUUUAUAGAUUAAUUUAAUUUAUGGCGGACCAGUUAAACAACGAGCCCGGCCAGCCCACGCCGCUCAUGUCCAUUCGCUUUGAUCAGCAGCAGCACGAAAGUGCGGCGGUCAAUGGAAACGAAAACGGCAAUGGGACCGCAAAUGGCGCCGGCGAUGCCUCCGAAGAUGCUGUAGAUGCCGAUAAAGCUGCCGGAGAACUGGUCCUGCCCAAGGCCUUGGAGGAUGUUCUUGCUUUAAAGGAUCAAAGGGCAGCCGAGUUCACGGUGGACGCCGAUUCGCAGGGUGGCAGCGGGGGUGCUACACAGGACGGCGACGAAGCGGAUGUGGGCGAGGACAGCGAUGAGGAUGGGGAUAACCAGGUGAACGGAAGUGGCAGCCAAAAGCCCGGCAAGCAGAGCAAGGCGGAGCGUAACAAAAAGAAGAAGAAGCGAAAGAAGCAGAACAAGAAGAUACGCCACCAAAUAGAGUUCGAACGGCAGCAGCAGUUGGCCCAAGCGGAUGAGCACGAACCGGAGGCCAAGGACUCGGAGGCCAAAGCGCCGGGCAGCGAAGACGAACAGGUUGCUGAAAAGGAAAAGAAGGACAAACGCAAAGAUAGUCGCAGCAAACGCAGGAAGGAUCGGGGUGAUGACAAAGAUACGGACAAGAAGGCUGGCGAAGCCAAUGAUGAAGAUGUGACCAUUGAAUAUGUGCCCGAAAAGAUAACCAUUGCAGAUUUGGCGCCAAUGUACCGCCAGUUUUAUCGUGUGUUCGAAAUCUUCAAACUGGAGAACAAACCAAAGCCUGUGGAGAAGGACAAAUCCUCGCUUGAUUCUGAGUCCCACACCAAGGACAAAAAGGCUACCGACAAACUACUCGAGGAUGAAGACGAUGACGGCGAUGAUGACGACGAGCGAAAGGAAGAUAAAGAGAAGCUGUCCAAGCGAAAACUCAAGAAACUGACCCGCCUGAGUGUGGCAGAACUGAAACAGCUAGUCUCUCGACCUGACGUAGUGGAGAUGCACGAUGUCACAGCCAGAGAUCCCAAACUAUUGGUUCAACUAAAAGCCUAUAGGAACACAGUGCAAGUGCCGCGACACUGGUGCUUCAAGCGAAAAUAUUUGCAGGGCAAAAGGGGUAUCGAGAAGCCUCCGUUUGAUCUCCCCGCCUUCAUCAAAAAGACGGGCAUCAUGGAGAUGCGUGAAUCGUUGCAGGAACGGGAGGACGGCAAGACCCUCAAGGCCAAGAUGCGUGAACGCGUCCGUCCCAAGAUGGGCAAAAUUGACAUUGACUACCAGAAACUGCACGAUGCCUUCUUCAAGUGGCAGACCAAGCCCCGCAUGACCAUUCAUGGCGAUCUCUACUACGAGGGCAAGGAGUUUGAGACGCGCCUUAAGGAAAAGAAGCCCGGAGAUCUCUCCGAAGAAUUGCGUAUUGCUUUGGGAAUGCCAGUGGGCCCCAACUCACACAAGAUUCCGCCGCCUUGGCUAAUUGCUCAGCAGCGCUACGGGCCACCGCCCUCGUAUCCGAAUCUUAAAAUUCCCGGCCUGAAUGCGCCGAUCCCAGACGGAACCUCGUUCGGUUAUCAUGCCGGAGGUUGGGGCAAGCCGCCAGUUGAUGAAAACGGAAAACCACUUUACGGUGACGUAUUCGGAACCAACAUAUUGGACCUCGACAAUGGCAUUGACGAAGCUGAUAUCGAACGUAACCAAUGGGGCGAACUGGAGUCGGAGUCAGAGGAAUCAUCCGAGGAGGAGGAGGAAGAUGGCGAGGACUUGGGCGAGCAGCCGGAUGAGACUGGCCUGGUAACGCCAGUGGAGGGAUUAGUUACACCCUCUGGACUCACCAGUGUUCCAGCUGGCAUGGAAACCCCCGAGAACAUUGAACUUCGCAAGAAGAAAAUUGAAGCCGAGAUGGAGGACAAUGAAACCCCCGUACUGUACCAAGUGCUGCCCGAGAAGCGCACCGACCGCAUAGGGGCUUCCAUGAUGGGAUCGACCCAUGUCUACGACGUCAGUGGCGGUGGCGCCAACAAACAGCCACCAGUUCGAUCAACCACAGAUCGCGAAGGCAUUGUGGAAUUGGCGCUCGAUCCUAGCGAAUUGGACUUGGACAAUGACGCAAUGGCCCAGCGGUAUGAGCAACAGAUGCGUGAGCAGCAGAAUCACCUGCAGAAGGAGGAUCUGUCUGACAUGUUGGCCGAACAUGUGGCGCGGCAGAAAUCGAAGCGCAAGCGACAGCAAACGGAUCCGGCCAAGACCACAAAGAAGUACAAGGAGUUCAAGUUUUAGUUUGACAACAAGAAAAACCACUUUUCCAUUUGUGCGCUUGUCAAGGAUGUCAUUAAACAUAGUAAAAACUAUAA